GAGAGACCAGAGAACAGACACAGAAAGGAAGCGCAGCAGCUAAUGCCUGGCCAGCAGCAGCUCCCCCGUUCCGCACCAACUGACCCGCAACACCAGCUGCCACCCAUCACCAUAUCAACCUAAUGAAUUAUUGUUAUUUAGCCACCACCACCUCCUCCUCCUCCUCCUCCUCCUCCCUGCACGAGCACGAACACCAACCUUUUAUAUAGCGUCGCCUCCUCUCGGCAGCACCCUUGCCAGCCUCUCCUCUUCUUCUCCCGUCCUCGCCUUCCCUGCCCUGCUCAGGGGAUUUGGAUCAGGGAAGAAGAGAAGGCAAGCAAGCGGUGGUGACCAUGGAGUUCAAAGCGGCCGCUUUCACCGCAGCCGUUCUGGCAGUCCUCCUCUGUUCCCCAGCAUCAGCCCAGAAGAGUCCACCGGCGCCCUCGCCGGUGUCGGUGUCAAUUCCGCCGUCCCUCGCUCCGGCGCCGGCGCCGGCCCCGCGCUACGUGGACCUGGCGGCGCUCCUCGACGUGGCCGGCCCGUUCCACACCUUCCUCGGCUACCUGCAGAAGACGAAGGUGAUCGAGACCUUCCAGGCCCAGGCCAACAAGACCGACGAGGGCAUCACCAUCUUCGUCCCCAAGGACUCGGCCUUCGCGGCGCUCAAGAAGUCCACCUUCUCCAACCUCACCGGCGACCAGCUCAAGACGCUGCUCCUCUACCACGCCUUCCCCAAGUACUACCCGCUGGCGCAGUUCAGGAACCUCAGCUCGCUCAACCCGGUGAACACCUUCGCCGGCUCGCCCUACACGCUCAACCUCACCGACGACAUGGGCAGCAUCAGCGUCGAGUCCAUGUGGUCCAAGCCCAAGAUCUCCAGCAGCGUCUACGCCACCAAGCCCAUCGCCGUCUACUCCAUCAACAACGUGCUCCUGCCCAUGCAGCUCUUCAGCAAGGACCCGCCGCUGGCGCCGGCGCCGGCGCCCGCGCCGGAGUCGGGGGCGUCGGACAUCGCCCCCAGCCCGGGCGGCGGCAAAGCGGGCGCCGGGAACGGCAAGGCGGACUCGACGAGCGCCGGGCAUGUCGGUGUCGCGAAUUGCUUGGGGCUGCUGGCUGCCGCGGCAGGUGGCUUGAUGCUCCUGUGGUGAGAGAGAACACAUGGAUGGAUGGUUCCUGUCAUUUGUAAGCACUUGAAUUUGAUUUUGAGCUGGUUGAUGGAGGCAUUCUUUUGGACAUAGUAGGCAUGAUGUUAGGAUUGAGUCGGGGUAUUUUACAUCAUAUUGCUCUCAUGCAUAAUCAUGAUCAUUACUCAUAAAUUGACGGACGGAUGAAUAUCGAAGGAGGUUUCGUCACCUUUAUUAUGA